AUGGUGUUCUAUUUUACAAGUAGUGUUGUAUCUCCCCCAGUUACGCUAUUUAUGGGAGCCGACAAAAACGAAAAUGAAGACUUAAUAAAAUGGGGUUGGCCAGAGGAUGUCUGGUUUCAUGUUGACAAAGUAUCAUCUGCACAUGUAUAUUUAAGACUUACUCCUGGUCAAACGAUUGAUGAUAUACCUAAUUUAGUUCUUGAUGAUGCUUGCCAGCUGGUCAAAGCAAAUUCCAUUUUAGGCAAUAAAAUGAAUGAUAUAGACAUAGUUUAUACAAUGUGGUCAAAUUUGAAGAAGACUGCUGGAAUGGAGGUUGGACAAGUAGCAUUCCAUAAAGACAGAGAAGUAAGAAAGGCGAAAGUGGCCAAAAGAAAUAAUGAAAUAGUAAAUAGGCUGAAUAAAACAAAAACAGAAUCAUUUCCAGACCUCAGACAAGAAAGAGAGAAUCGAGAUAGAUUAGAGAGAGAAGAUAAAAAGAAAGUUUUAAGAGAAAAAAAGGAGAAAGAGAAAGAAGAAGAAAAACGAAAAAAGGAAGAGGCAGAACUCAGAAGCUACUCUACAUUAAUGAAAGCGGAAAAUAUGUCCACUAACUAUGAUGGUAAUGAUUCCGAUGAUUUUAUGUGACCAUCAUAUUACAAAUCCUGUUUCUAUUAAAUUAACACUAAAACAUUUUUUUCUUCUAAUAAUUUUAUAGAAAAUAUUUAAAAGUGAAAAAUAAAAGUAUAUUUUAAA